UCAACUGCUGAAUCACUAAUUCACUAGCCCUAGAUCAGUUCAUGCAGUGAAAGAUGAUGAUAGUGUUUGUGAUACUUAUCUACUUCAAUGGUCUCCUUGUUAGCUCUGAGGGUAACUAUCUUCCCUUCCUUCAUCCUACUAACUAUUCAAUAAUGAAUGGCUAUGAUGAUUAUGCUGUAAAUGUGCCACUGCCCUCCCCAUUAAGAUUUGGGUCAUCAUGUCACACUGAAGCAUGGAUAAGUACUAAUGGAUUGAUUAGUUUAGGAACAAGUUUCAUUGCCUACAGACCAAAUUCUUUUCCUAUUACUACUCCAGUCAUUGCUCCAUAUUGGGAUGACAUUAACCUACAUGAGAGAGGUGAAGCACGUUAUGCUAUUAUAACUCCAACAACAAAUCUUUCAUUGUGCAAUCAAGUCAAUGAUUACUUAUCUAAUUCAACUGGUAGUAGUGUAUCUGUUGAAUGGAUACUGUGGGUCCACUGGUAUAAUGUAUGUCAAUUUACUGAUGAAUAUUGCUACAAUACUGAGUCUAAUCAUUUUCAGGUUGUAUUAGCUCAUCAAAGUAAUGCCACAUAUGCUGUGUUUAUAUACAAGUGUGGACUCAUACGAUGGACAAGACACGGAGCUGGUGUUGGUAUUAAUAGUGGCAGUGGGUAUUAUAUUAAUCAACCACUAGCUAAUACUGAUAAUGUUACUAACAUAGACUGUUAUGAUGCAGUAUCAGGAUGGACUAAUAUUGUAUACAGACUAGAUCAAGUUAUAGAUAGGUUUGAAUUCCUAUCCAUUACACCUCACAAUAUUACAGUAUCAUGGGAACUCAGAAUUCCAGUUAUUAACAGUACACUAAUUCUGAGUAUCAGUGACUCACUUCAAACAGUUAAUGAUACAAUUAAUGUUACUGGAAAUAAUGUAUACUAUUAUACUGAAAACUUGUCUCUUCGUAAUGUUUAUACUUUCAAAUUGACAUUGCCUAUGUCAAGUUGCAAUGACAGCAGAAUCAUAUCUACAGAAGUAACAAAACCUGAUAAUGUAUCUGCAUUAUAUCUAACCAAUGAAACAUUAAUAAUAAGAUUUCAAAUACAUCAGUGCUUUAUAAAUAAAGCUCAGUUGCUUUUGGUUGGAGCUAAUACUUUAAAUACAUUAGGUCCAUUGGGUAUUAAUAGUCUUCAAUACAUUGAUGAGUUUUAUACUAUACAUUGGAAUAUAAACCUAAAUGAUCAUUCAUUGUAUUACCUAACAGUAUCAGCAAUUGGUACAUAUGGAACUAGUAACUCUAAUGUAACAGAAAUAAAUACAUAUAAUGUAAAGGAUAUAAUAAUAGAGAGGAAUGAGGAUAUUGUCUGCUUUGUUUGUAUUACUGAAGUGCUCAAUGAAUGUCAAGUAUUAAUAGCAUCAACAGCAACAACACUGAUACCACAAUCAAUACAAACUAAUGGAACAUGUUAUUCAUUUACUGAUAAUGGAACAUACACUGUAUAUGCACAUGAUAUUGAGAAUGGAAUAAAGAUACUGAUACCAGCAAUAGUUAUUGAAUACACAGUUGACUGGAUUAAACCAGUUCUACCAAUGAUAUCAUCAUACACAGAGAAUGUUAUAUUUUCAAGUACUGAAAAGUUUAUUGUGUACCAAACAAGCAGCAAAGGAUUGAUAUUCUCAAUGUAUAGUUCAGCAAUGCUAACUACUACUACUACUGCUACUACUACUGCUUUCACAACUACUACUACUAAUAUUGGUCAGCAAAGUCAAUCACAGGUAGUACUGGGAGUUCUCCUUGGACUCACAACAUUUGCUGUUCUCAUACUAUCACUAGCAAUUAUUGUAAUACUGAGGAAAAAAGGUAAAGCAAAGUCUGAAAAUUCUAUACCUCGUACUAAAGAGACUUAUUGUGAAAACCAAGUUCACACUUACGAAAACCAAGUUAUUUAUGAAAACCAAGUUGCUACAAAAGAAGAUCCAACAUAUGAAAUGAUAAACAAUGAAAUACCAUCAAUUAAUACUAAUAACUACAGCAACUACACUUCUCUUAGUGUCAGUACUACUGAUAAGUCAACUGUAUAUGAUGUCCCAGGGACAAGGCCUCAAGUCUCAUCUCGCCCAUACAAAGUUGGACAUUUUAAUUGAUGUACUGUAAUUCAUAAACACACACAAAUAUGUACUUUAAAGUAUCGUAGUAUGGUGUGUAAAUGCUACACAAAGAAAUGUAUUGUGCUUAAUAUAGUAAAGUAAACUUAACAAACAACUUAGCAAA